AUGGACUACGACCGGCGAUCUGCAGUCUCCUCCUUCUACGGCGCGCGCAAGUCGACCGACGUGCUUGAUGCAUCCACCUCGUCGCCCUCGCUCGACCCGACCCGCCGCCCACGCGCCGACUCCGCCGCGGCGUCCUCGUUCUACAACCCGAAUCGCAUGUCGAGGGCGGGGACCGACUACAUGGGUGGGACGCCGAAUGCGGGGUACAACAGGUCGUCGUUUUUCGUUGCGGGGAGGGAGGAGCCGCUGAAGGGCGGGACGGACGAGGCGCAGAGCAUGCUGUCGAAGCCAGCAGACGACGCGUUCAACAUCUACGCGGACUUCAACAACGCAGGUCCGAGGUAUUCGACGGCCUUUGGACAGGACACUGGCUAUCGCCAAGUGCCUUCGCCGGUGCCGCACGCUUCCGUGGUGGAGGACGAGCCAUUCACGCCGAAAGACGUCGAGCUAGUGACAGUCCCGGCCCUUGGUCCCGAAUGGAAGAAGUCCGAGAUGCGGGACAUGCGGUCGUCGGCCAAGAGGGAGAAGAGAGUCGAGUCGUUCAGGGAGUGCUUCGGUGCGUGGAAUCGCGGGGAACGAGGGUGCUGCGGGCCAUACUUCACAAAACGAACGACCACAUAUGUUGUGUUCGCGCUAUGCAUAGCCGUUGGCAUCAUCCUCGCCUUCACCAUCCCCCGCGUCCCGGACAUGGACUUCCCCUCCGCCAACCCUCUCUCAAACGCCACAGGCUCCUUCAGCGACUCUGUGCCGACCAUUUUCUCGCGCUCACCUGCGAACUUCAGCUUCCCUGCCAAUCUCAACCUCGAGUUCAACACCGGCUCGAACUUCCUGCCCAUCCACUUUACCAAGAUGGUGCAACAGUUCGGACUUGACGACGGGGCGACAGGUCGCGACGGGGAUCUGGGCUCGACGACGCUGCCCGCCAAAGCCUUCCCACCGUCAACAUGCCGCUCAACUUCACGGGCAGACUUCUACAACGGCUGCAGGAAUCCUGGCUUGAAUGCGAACGGCACACGGCCAUUCCUGCAGUUCAACUUCGACCUCGACAUGUACAUCUUCGGCCUCGUCGGUAAACGCAGCACAUCAGCACCGGUCACCCAGGCCGAAUGCCCUGUCACCCUCUCAGUGACCCACGCAUGA